UACUGGACUCGGUUGACCGCGCAAUUUACAAAAAAAACUGAAAUUUCAGUAUGGCAGUCCGAAAUCAACCGCCUCCGAACAUUUCGUCGCAGUAGAAGUGCAAUAAAUAAUUUACUAGAGUAUGUUUGAUUGGUAGUGAAGCUUUAAGUUGUUUAAAUUUAUAUUAGGCAUAAAAUCGUGUGACAGUAAACACUAAAUAACACUAGUGAUAAAAUAAACUUGAUCAUCUACGUUACCUGUGAAUUAACUAUUUUAAUUUUACAUGUAUAAAUAGUUUAAUAAUUUAUUAAUAAAAACACAUUUAUUCUUCGCUCGCAGCACAACAACAUUGGGAAAUUUAAAUUUUUUGAAACCUACGCUGAAGCAUAGUGCCAAGGAGAUUCAAUUUUAGAUUAUGUUAUGCUCUUAGCUGCUUAUUGUUUCAUAAAAAAUAAUUGUAUUAGAUACCUUUCACCAGCAUUUUGUAAAACUACCAACUUUACUAAAUUAGCAACCGCAUCAUGGAGUGCUGCGAACAGUUCAACAAAUGAUUCGUGAAAUAUUUGUCGUAGCCAUAAAAUUGCAUUUAAUAUAUCUAAUAUAAUAUGGCUGAACGGAAGGCUAAGUUGAAAUCUUUAGGAAGAAGCACCAGUACUGAAUCUACAGAGUACUCCAUAACCAUGGGUAAAUCUGUAAGGAAAAAGAGCAAGAGGGUGAAGCCCAAGGAAAGAUGGUUACUUACCAGAAAGACAUGGCGGUAUAUGACGGAUGCUGGAAAGAAGUUAAUUCCGGAUGGGGCUCAAAAUCGUCCGGAAGAUAUUCCUAAGAUUGAAGCCUAUUUCCAAGAAGUGUGCAAGAAGGAACCAAGAUUCCUACUGUGGCGGAAGAACUCUUAUCCUGGUGCCUUAAGUUUUAAAAAGAAAAGAAAGGUCAGUAGAAAGGGUGGAAGCUGUCGAAAAGCUACUUCAGCGGAUGAGGUGAGCUUGGGAAGACCUGAAAGACCUACUCAUUUGGAUAUAAAACCAACUUCAUUUGGUAAGUUUGAUGUGAAGAAAAUGAAGGAAGAAUUUUUAAACAAAGACUCUCCAUCAACGAUGUUCUCUAGCUAUGACAAGGAGAAGAGUGGUACUGAAAAACAUCAUGAUGAUCAAGAAGAAAGUCAGUUGGCCAAUAUGUUGGAACAAUAUUUAAGAAUGUCUGACAAAGACCCUCAGGUAAGGUCACAUCCAGAUUUCAAUUAUCAAGACCUUGUGGAGAAACUCCAACGUCACUUGACUUUGUCAAAUAGGGAUUAUGGAAGUAAUUACACAGGAUAUAUUCCUCGUCAAACGGUACAUUUUCAAGGCGAUCAUGUACAGAAAUCUUUGACUGAUACACUUAGUAGGUACUUUGGACAUUCAGGUAACAGAGACAAGAUAAUUUCCGAUCUAUUAACUAACAGAAAAGCUUUAGAAAAACUGUACUUUGAGCUACGCAAAGCUAAAGGUUUUAGGGGGAGCAGGGGAGGAACAGGUUAUACUACCUCUUUUGCUUAUGGACCUCAAAGAAGUAACUAUGAAAAUACUAGUAAAGACAGAAAUACCGAUUAUGGUGUCACAAUCCACCCACCACCGUUGAUUGAGGUUCAAAGUGAGACUGUUGAUAUUAUCUACCGUAGUUUGGGCACUCAAACUUUACCAAUUCCUGAAGCAGUUUUGGUGAAAGUAGAAGAGGAUUAUAAGAAAUCACAAGAAGAAAAAAGGGAGGAGGAAGAAGUAGUUAAAGAAAUACCUAAACCAACACGUAGGCGAAGCAGUGUGGACAACGACGAUAUUUCCCAAUCAGUGAGUGAUACUAUUAAAAGAUAUUUGAGAAUGGCGCGUAAAAAAAGUGUGGAUACAGACAAGGUAGACAGGUUUAAACGUGUAAAUUACGACAGAAACUUAAGAAACAUAAAAGCUAAAGGUGAAACUACUAAACCGGGCGACGACGACGGUUUAAACAAAGGGUGUCAAACUAACGAUGACUGGAUUCUAACUUAUCGCGAUCUAAAAUUCGCUGAUGUGUACGACGUUUCGGACUCGGAGAGCAGGUUUUCUAGUUCGCGGAGUAGCAUUGACAUUGGUAUGGUGGAUGGUGGUGCACUGUCAACUCCGUCAUCACCACCCACCAUUAAGAGUAGUCAGUCCUUCUUAAGCCAUUUACUUCACGGCAAACAUGAGAAACACGAUAAACACGAUAAAUCUUCUGCAGCAGUGUCGACGGCUGGGGCGAUGCAGAAGAGUAAGUCGUCCUCCAGUGUCAUGCACCAUGGCAGUCGACUCAUGGCGAAGAAGAUCUUCAGGUCCCGAUCGAAGAGCCAGACAAGGUCAGCGCACGCUCCUUGCAAUUGGACGCCUCAGGGUAGCUGUGUGUGGAACAACGUGUCCGGGAGGCAGGUUGUCCUCAGCGAUACUUCCUUGCUUCAUUUGAGUGAAGUUGAAAGGAAAGUCUUGCAGAAAGUUGCUAUCGCCAAGUUGCAGGCCCUGAAUCUAGGAGUUUCCGUCAAGGUACCAAGUGACAAUGUGGGCAGUGUAGUAAAGCCAAAAAGGAGACCGUAUUUGCUCAAAAGGAAAGCUUUAACGACAGGCAUAUUUGAUACAAACCGGAAAGACUCUGACAAGGAAAAAGAUGGAAAUGCGGGCGGCCUGGUUUUCGGCAUCCCUCUGACGCAAUGCGUGGAAAACGAUCGUAUCACGAGAGCGGCUGCAGGUAGCAGCCCUUUCCGAAGCAGAGCAGAACUGGCGGGAGUAGAGGAACAGGCUACUAUCCAACGACACGGAUCCAGAUCCAGUUUCAGUUCGUUGAUUGACAGAACGGAUGAGAGAGGUUCAUGUGAAAACCUGAUGUUAAGAGGAAGGAUGGUGGGGAGCGUCCCAGGCUUGCUAGAUGCGAUAUCUUGUGGGUCAACGGCAGAUAUACCAGCAAGCUCGAUGGAGGAAGAAUCGGCUGUUCCAAAUAUUCUAACCGAAUGUUUUAGACAUUUGGAGCAACACGGAUUGCACACGCUGGGUAUAUUUAGAGUCAGUACCUCGAAGAAAAGAAUUAGGCAGCUAAGAGAAGAUUUUGACUGUGGUAAAGAAACUACUUUAGAAGAUGAGCAAUGUCCGCACGAUGUAGCCACAUUACUUAAGGAGUACCUCAGGGAUCUUCCCGAUCCUCUUCUUUGCAGAGACCUUUAUCACGCGUUUGUCCAAACACAGAGGAUACGCAACAGGAGACUGCAAUUUGAGGCCUUACAACACUUGGUUCAGCUUUUACCUGCAGCCAACAGAGACACCUUAUACGCUUUAUUGAGUUUUCUGGCCAUUGUGGCCAAAUACUCGAAUGAUUCUCAGGACGAAUCAGGUGAACCCAUCAUCGGAAACAAAAUGGACUCAAGUAAUUUGGCAACCGUAUUUGCACCGAAUAUUUUACAUUGCAUAAAACCGGGUUCCAAAGACACAGCUGAUCGACCAGAAGACAGGAUAGACAUAAUCAACGUGGUUCGAACCUUAAUAGAUCAUUACAAAAUAAUAUUCUCUGUGUCUGCUGAACUUCUUGAUGAAGUUUACGUGCAUAUGAUGGAUACCCAUCCCGAAGCUUUAGAUCAACUUUUAAGCAAAAAGGAUGCAGUGGGAGGUGCAGAUGAGUCUGUAGAUGAAUUAGACAGUGAAAGUAAUUCAGCCCCUUGGACACCAACAAUACCCACCUCUGAAAUGUCGAUUGAAAACACUGAUGGUAGAGGAACGCUAUCGGAACCGAAGAAGACUUACUCCAGGGAGGAAUUUUUGCAUGAAGCUGCUGCUACUGGUGGUCCUAACGUUGGCAUGAGAAUAAGGCACAAGGACAAAAUUCGAGAAAGGAGUACCCGCAGACGUCGCGAAAAGAACGAAGAUGGCACUACACCUUCAUCAGCGAUAUCAAUCAUUUCCCGGUUUCGUGGACAGAAGGAAGACGACAACCAGUACGGAAAAACAAGAUCGUCGUCCAUAGAAAGCACUAGUUCUACACACACAGACACCGAUGUCACUAGAGUGUUAAGAAUCGCAGAUGAUAGCUACGAAAGGAGGAAAUCUUCACCUUACGUUCUCGAUAACAGUGGCGUCAUAACAGCCAGCUUGACCAUCCCAGUACAUACCCAAAACCAAUCCCUAUCCUAUAACGUUGACGACGACAUUCCUUACAUAGAGGACGUUGAUAACGCAAGGCAGCAAAUCACCGUCGGAGUGGUCCGAACCCCAACCGCCCCUCCAAGACGAAGGAACCACUCAAUAGUUCAAAGUUACGAUUCCGCCGUGGGAUCGUCCGCAACGUAUUCCAGUCCAGUGCAGAAUACCCCCACUUCGGUUUCCAGCAGUAUCGCGGACGCGGGAACGUACAGUUCACCUCCUUCGUGGGCUUCUACCCCUCCAACUUCACCAGACAGUGUACACACGUCGGUUAACUACAUACCUGACGACAUACAGCCUCCUAGGAUACUGUCUAAGUCUUCCAAAAGUGUCAAUUUAUCCAAGGAAGCGCCGCCCACACUGCAGAAAGUGUCGUUCUCGUCAGUCCAGGAGGUGCAGCAGAUCAAAGAAAUUAAGGAACCUCAAAAAGUAUAUCAGAGAGAGUUGUCGUACACGAAACAAAAACUCGGUACCAGUACGGAAGUCACCAGAAGCUCGUACGAAACCAGCAGCCGACCUAGUGAACCGAAGUUCACUCCUAGUAUCUCUAAUAUUGGGAACGCUGUUUUGCGGUCGAAGACAGCUGACUUUGAGAGGAUAAUCAAGAUAGACACUAACAAACCAAAGUCACCGGUGAUGAGCGCGGCGGAACGGGAGAAAAAGAAAUAUACGAAGAGGAGGUAUACGGAUUCCAGGCAUCAAACCAGGCAUAUCCCAGACGCCGAGGCGCUAGAGUCGGCGUCUGCACAGGCCAAAAAAGACGACAAAUUGAGCAGUUCGCAGGCGGGGCCUGUUUACAAGAGACGGGAGCUCAUAUCCAGCGUACCAUCUAAGUAAUGCGGAAGAAGGAUAUUGGAAAGUGAAGUGUGUUCAGACUUAUGUACAUAAUCAAAAUAAAGUGAUAAGUGUUUUAGAUCUAGUCUUAUCUAGUGUUUACUGUCCCAAAGAAAUGUUAUUUAUUUUUUAAGAAUGUAUGUAAAAUAGUGUGUUGAUGUAUAAUUAAAUCAAUUAAAUUGUAUAAUUUAUCAGAAAUAACUUAUUUUUUAGUCUUGUGGCUUUGUUCAAAAUAUUAUGUAUCAUAUUUUCAUCCGAUUAGAAGUUUCUUGCCAUAUGUUGGCUGUAGUUUGUAAUUAUCAUAUUUCUUAAAAGAUACUGUUACUAUUUUCUAUACCUACCUAGGAAGAGUCAAGCGAAUAAUGACGGUUAACGAAAUAAAAUUCACAGG